GGUUCCAUCCAUUCGACUCGUAAGAUGGCGGACCGGCGGCGAAGGAGGAGGCGCGCGUCCCAGGACAGCGAGGACGACGACGAGUCCGGCUCAGGUUCAGAUAGCGGGAGAUCGGGAUCCCCUGCGACAAAGAGCCGGGGGCGAGAUACCGAACCCGUGGAGGCUACCGCGAGCCGGACCGAGGCGAAGAAUGACGUGGAGUCCGAGUGUGAGAGUGAAGACGAGGCCGGAGAAGCUGUCCUCUCGGACUACGACAGUGCAGAUCCGGAGGAAAAUGGCUCCCACUCAGAGGGGGUGGAGGAGGAAGAGGAGGGAUACAGUGAAGAAGAAGCUCCAGUAGCAGCCAGUGAGUCCAAACCUGCUGCUGCUGAUGGCCCAACACAAGGAGAGGAGGAGGAGGAGCAGGCUGAAGAGGAGAAGGCAGAGGGGGAGGGAGGAGGAGCUAAAGAGGAGAGCAAAGCUGAGGAGAAAGGAAACCUAGCAGGAGAGAGGCAGAGCGGUGAUGGACAGGAGUCCACAGACGAUCCCGAGACGAAGGCGGGCGGGAAACCUGGUCAGCAGCUCGAUGACGACGAGGACCGAAAGAAUCCGGCUUACAUCCCCAGGAAGGGCCUGUUCUUCGAGCAUGACGUCCGUGGUCACGCUCAGGAGGAAGAGCGGCCGAAGGGCAGAAACAGGAAGCUGUGGAAGGACGAGGGACGCUGGGAGCACGACAGGUUCAGAGAGGAGGAGCAGGCGCCGAAGAGCCGCGAGGAGCUCAUCGCCAUCUACGGUUACGACAUCCGCAACGGUGGUGGCGGUGGCCCGGGAGACCGAACGUUCAGACAGCGGAGGCCCCGACGGAGUUCAUCUCCCGGCCGAGACAAACGGUGGGGGGACGGAGGAGAGCGCCCCGUCCGGUCCUGGCAGAGUGGAGGAAGAGGUCUGAACCGAGGAGGACCUCCUCCACCUUCCUCCAUGCCUCCCUCCUCUUCACCAUCUGCCUUUCCUCCUCUCACCGCCACUCAGCGUAGCAGCAACCCCUCCAGAGCGCCGCAUCCCCGCAGCAGACCGCCCCACCCAAGCCAAACUCAGUCGCAGUACAGGAAUAAUGAAUCAAACGCGCCUCAGACGCACCCCAGAGAACGGCCGGGUCCUAAGGAGCCUGCAGGAGAGAGGGGUGUGGCCAGUAGGGGGGGGCGGGGUGGAGGAGGAAGAGGAGGCUCCUCCGUGGUCAUCGAGGAUGUUUCUGAUAGUCAGACCGGUUCUGGAGAACAGGAUCUGGGUCCCGGAUCUACGGCUGCAUCGUCACAGCCGGGUGGGUACCGGUCGUCUUCCCCGAGGCGGCAGCAGGAGCAUCGGUCUGCAUCUGGAUUGGCUGCCUCCGCCUCUGACCCCUCCCUACAGUCAUCAGCAACAGCAGCCAAUCGGGAAGCUUCGCCUCCUCCUGAGAGGCCGGUCGAGAGGAAAUCGUAUUCGCUGGCUCGUAGGACUCGCUCCCGCCCCGCAGACCUGGGCAGCAAACAGGCCUCCGUGGAGGAGUCUGCAACCGCAGGCAACGCCUCCUCCCCCAGCAGCGGGGGAGGGAAGAGCUGGGUGGGAGGAGGCGAAGGGGGGAGCCAGGCGGGAGGAGGGGGAGGGUUGGCAGAGCUGGACCAGGACGUGGCUCGACUCAGUUUGACCCGACAGAACUGGAGUCAGAGUCCCACGUCGUACAUGCGCUCCGAGAUGAGAGGCCUUCCAAACCCCAUCCACAUGCCCGGUGGGCCGCCGCAGUUUUCCAGCAUGGAGGAGAUGGGCGUCAGCUCCAACCGGGCCAAACGCUACUCCUCCCAACGCCAGAGAGCCGUACCCGAGCCAGCACCACCCAUGCACCUGGGAGUGAUGGAGGGACACUACUACGAGCCCAUGUCGUACCAGGGACCAAUCUACGCUCACGGUGAAGGCCCCGCCCCCAUCCCGCCCCAAGGCAUGCUGGUCCAGCCUGAGAUGCACAUCCCUCAUCCCGGUCUACAUCCACACCAAUCAGGUGGCCCCAUCACUAACCCCACCCUCUACGGAGGCCCGCCUGUGUCUCUGUCGCCAGGGCAACCACAGCAGCUGCUGCCACCGCCACCUUUCUACCCUCCACCAGGAGUCAUGACCUUCCCGUACCCCACCAUGUACCCGAACCCUCAGGGUCAGGCCCAGGUGACCUACGGUGGCGUGACCUACUACGACACGAUGCAGCAGCAGGCCCAGCCCAAACCCUCGCCCCCCCGCCGCACGUCCCAGCCCGUCACCGUCAAACCGCCUCCUCCAGAGGUGCCCUUUGCCUCAGAGUGACCCCGCCCCUCUCUCCUCUCCGCCACCCGGACCUCAGCCCCACCCUGACCUGGACACUACAGGAGCAGGGUGGGAGGGUCCCAAACAGCAACCACCGCCAUCAACGAAGGGGGGGGCGGGGCCAGACGGAGGCGGAGACCCACAGCAUCACCGGUGGACGACCACUUUUCCUUUCCCCCUCUGUGGCGACCAGACCGUGACCUCAGUCGCCAGAAAGACUCCGAACCGAGGACGUAAACGGCGUGGAACUCACAGCUGUUGGUGCUUCGCAGGUGUGAAUGUCCGGAUAAAAGUAGUUUUCUGUUGAAGCUCUGAGUCGAGCUGCACCCUGGAAACCAUGUUUAGGUUGUGUUAACGGUUUAUUUCCAUCCAUCGCGGCGAGUUAACGAGACGGAGGGUCCGACCCGUGUCGCCAUGUUUCCACGUUGCCGUGACGUUACAGGAGGUGGGUGUGUCUGCGCUCACGCCUCUGUUCCAGUUACUCUCCAGUGUUCAGCCUCAUCCUCCAAUCUCGUACAGCCGGUUCAGGCUGGAAUUUUGGGUCCAAAGCUGCUAGGAAUUAUGGAGGGAAAAGGUCCUGUGUCGACGUUUCUGGUUUCAUGAGCAGAGUUGUGAUUGAAGUUUUUGUGUCAUUUCCUGAGACGUUCGACUCCACGGCGAGGACACGUUCAACAGAUUCCGCCUCGAUUAACUUUAGUUACCGACCAGAACUCAGACAUGAAGAUCCAUAUUUACACAGAACAUGAGAGAAAUCUGGGAAACGCUGUAAUUAUAUCUAAUAUCUUUAACACUGCAGUUAUCACAGGCUUUUAUACAACUUAUAAACUCAUUUUACACAAAGUCUGAAACGAAUUUAACCCUUUCAGGCCAUUUUCCCUCCAUUCCUUCCCUCCGUUCCUGGCCUCUGUUCUGGUUUCGUUUCCUCAUAUCAUCAUAAAUUCCAGUUUUUCAUAGAGGUUAUCAGAACCAAUUUCCUACACGUUCAGGUCAUUAGAGGACAAAAAUGUCCUCCUUAAAAAACUGCUGAUUAUUUUUCAAAAAAUAUUGAAUUAACUUCAGUCCUGAUCAAAGCGAUCACCUAUAUAAUAACUUUAUUUAAACCGUUUAAUUGCCAGUAAACAAUUUGUGUCAUAAAACUGGCAUUUAACUGGUUAUUAUUAUUUGACUUUUAUUUUGUACUUAAGUUGAUUUUAACAAAAAAAUGGUAAAAAUAUUGAUCUUUGAAUUUUUUAUCGCAGUUUUUGAGAGAUUAGUUUUUUUUUGUCCUCUAAGAACCCGAAAUGGUUGUAAAUUAUUAAUCUAAUCUUAAAAAAGACACUGCAGAUAAACAAAUCAUCAAAAUAAAUUUGUUGUAAAGUUAACACCUUAAAUAAAAUCUCAAACACCCAAAAUCUAAUUUAUGGUAAAAAAAAAAAAAAAAUCUUUGUUUUUUUUUCCCAUUAAAUUGGGAAUAAAAGAGUUCAAACUCACUGGAAAAUUCCAUGUUUGGUGUCUGGAAUAUUUAAGGAAAAAACAGGAAAAAUAUAAACCUGCCAUGUUUCUACAGCAGUUUUGGGAGAGGACUUUUUUUUUUUUUAUCCUCCGAUGACCUGAAAGGGUGGUAAACGAAAGCGACCCAGAAGGUUUAAUCUCAGUUUAAUCCCUUUUUCUCCCCAUUAAUGCUUCGCUUUGCUUCUUGUGCCGGAACCGAACCAUGUAGUGAACCAUCGAGAUAAAUGAUGCAGCAGUUUGAGGACGAGCUUUUUCAGUUUUUCUGUUCUAGUUUAGUUUCAGCUUAGCUAAAGCAGAGCAGCUUCUCAGCAUCAUGACCGCCUCCAGGCCUCCGCUGUUGCCAUGGUGAUCGAUGCUCGCGCCAUAGUUUGUUUCACGGCACAAAAACCAAACUCGAGUCAAACGAUCAUCUCAAAACGAAGCUAAUCGAUGAGAUCACAGUCGUGUCGCCAUGGAAACCUUCUUAGAUUUUCCAGCUAUGUUUUUUCCCAAAGUCGGGAAAUCGUCACGAACGUUAAAUGUUUUCUGAUAGAUGGAUAAAUAAAUAAAUGAGGAAAUCUGUGAGCUGAUGUAAACCGUCGCCAUCUUCAGCCAGAACUCACUCGCUUUUUGCACAUGUACAAAUUCAAUCCUCAAAAUUCACAUGAAUCAAACCUCCUUCCUUUAGAGAUGCUGCUGCCAUGGCAACAGGUCAUAGAGUUGGGCGAGCUGCGUUUAACGUUGCUGUACAUAGAAACCUCCAGGUGUAAAUAAAAGCUGGAAGAGAUGAACUAAAGCAGAUUCUAACAGUCGCAUCGGCAGGGACCUCGAAUGCUAGCGAUGGAUGGAUUUCAUUUAGAGAGAAGCAGCGUCGAUAAGCUGCGAGGCUUUACUUUCAUUUUCCUUUAAAUAUCACUUUUUUUUAUUCGUAGUGAAUGCAGUCGCGCCGUGCGGACGGCCGGCAGGUGUUUUUGUUUUCAUGUUUUCAACGUUGGGACAGGAAGACGAAGGAAAGCUGUAACUAACACGUUGUCAUCGGUUCUGCAGAAAUGCUUCAACAGUUACCUUCAAAGUUUGUUCUUUAGUUUCUCUGUCAUGUUUUUGUUUUCUGUUGAAAUGUUUGUGAUUUGAUGUCAGAUUAAAUUGUUUCUCCUUCA